GGCCCUGGGGCCGCGGGAGCCCAGAGCGAGGCGCGCCGCGGAGGAGUUGGGAUCCGGCGCAAAAGUUUCCUCCCAACUCCGGCCCCGCGAGCCGCCGCCGCCGCCCACUCCAGCCCGGGGCCUGGGGCCGGCCCCGCCGCCAGCGCCGCCAGGGCCAGGGCCGGGCCGGCAGUUUCGCUUUGGCGGGCGGGGAGCAGCCGCCUGGGCCGGGCCCGCGCCGGAGCAGGAGCGGGAGGAGCAGCCGGGCCCCUGGACCGCGGCGUCCCCGGCCCCCCGCCACCUGGGAGGUAGCCCUCCUCGCUGCCGCCUCCCCUCCGAUUCCCGCCCACCGGCGGCCGCCUGCCCGGGGCGAAGGGGCUCUGCUGCGAGCCCCCGGCCCUGAGGGGCGCCGGGGAGAGGCGCCCCGGGGUCUCUGUGCCCGCCCGCGCCCGGCGGCCCCCGAGAGUGGGGCCGCGCCCGCCGGCCCAGACACCUGUUCGGCCCGGCCCGGCCCGGCGUGGUCGCCGGGGGCCAGGAUGAAAGUGACCGUGUGCUUCGGCAGGACCGGCAUCGUGGUGCCCUGCAAGGAGGGCCAGCUGCGCGUCCGGGAGCUCACGCAGCAGGCGCUGCAGCGGUACCUGAAGACCCGGGAGAAGGAUCCUGGGUACUGGGUGAAGAUUCAUCACUUAGAAUACACAGAUGGAGGAAUCCUGGAUCCAGAUGAUGUCUUGGCAGAUGUCGUUGAAGACAAAGAUAAGCUGAUUGCUGUGUUUGACGAACAAGAACCACUCCACAAGAUCGAGAGCCCCAGUGGAAACCACGCAGGCCGGCAGAGCCCAGAUGCUUUUGAGACAGAAGUGGCUGCCCAACUGGCUGCGUUUAAACCAGUCGGUGGGGAAAUUGAAGUAACCCCUUCUGCUCUGAAACUAGGCACUCCACUGCUGGUGAGGAGAAGCAGUGACCCAGCACCAAGCCCACCUGCUGAUGCCCAGCCAAGCGCUUCACACCCCAGUGGCCAGAGUCUGAAACCUGUUAUUCCAAAUUCCACACAGGACUUAGAAGAUGAAGUUAUGAAUGGCAUGCAGACAGAACUCCUGACAUCGCCGAAAACAAUGGAUGCAUUGAGUAAUAUGACAAGAACAGUGGAGAUUUCUGGGGAAGGAGGCCCUUUGGGAAUACAUGUAGUACCUUUCUUUUCAUCUCUGAGUGGAAGGAUUCUAGGGCUCUUCAUCCGUGGCAUUGAAGAAAACAGCAGGUCCAAGCGGGAAGGACUGUUUCACGAAAAUGAAUGUAUUGUAAAAAUCAACAGCGUGGACCUCGUAGACAAAACCUUUGCUCAGGCUCAGGAUGUCUUCCGUCAGGCAAUGAAAUCUCCAAGUGUGCUGCUUCAUGUGCUUCCACCUCAAAACCGGGAACAGUAUGAAAAAUCAGUCACUGGACCUCUUAACAUUUUUGGUAACAAUGAUGGCGUUUUGAGAACAAAGGUGCCACCUCCUGUCCAUGGAAAAUCAGGAAUAAAGACAGUAAAUCUCACAGGAACAAGCAGUCCUGAAGAAGAUGCAUCAACUUCCCUGCAGCAAAGCAAGAGCCCCCGAGUACCAAGACUAGGUAGAAAGCCAUCCUCUCCCUCACUCUCCCCGCUUAUGGGGUUUGGCAGCAAGAAAAAUGCAAAGAAAAUUAAGAUUGACCUAAAGAAAGGACCUGAAGGACUUGGUUUCACUGUGGUUACCAGAGAUUCUUCCAUACAUGGUCCUGGUCCCAUUUUUGUAAAAAACAUUUUACCAAAGGGAGCAGCAAUAAAAGAUGGCCGCCUACAAUCAGGGGACAGAAUUUUGGAGGUAAAUGGCAGAGAUGUCACUGGACGAACUCAGGAAGAGCUCGUGGCCAUGCUGAGGAGCACCAAGCAGGGAGAGACUGCAUCACUGGUCAUCGCCCGCCAGGAAGGAAGUUUUCUGCCCCGAGAGCUGAAAGGAGAACCUGACUGCUAUGCACUCUCCCUGGAAACAACUGAGCAACUCACCUUCGAGAUCCCCCUGAAUGAUUCUGGUUCUGCUGGUCUUGGAGUGAGCUUGAAGGGGAAUAAAUCUCGAGAAACUGGAACAGACUUGGGGAUUUUUAUCAAAUCCAUCAUCCACGGAGGUGCUGCUUUUAAGGAUGGUCGUCUGCAGGUGAAUGACCAGCUGAUUGCAGUUAAUGGGGAAUCUCUUCUGGGAAAGUCCAACCACGAAGCUAUGGAAACACUUAGGCGAUCAAUGUCCAUGGAAGGAAACAUACGAGGGAUGAUCCAGUUGGUGAUUCUGAGGAGGCCAGGGAGACCACUGGAGGAGCCUGCAGAGUGUGGGGCAUUUUCUAAGCCAUGCUUUGAGAACUGUCAAAAUGCUGUAACCACCUCCAGGAGAAAUGAUAAUAGUACAUUGCAUCCAUUUGGCACUUACAGUCCACAGAACAAACAGAAAGAACUGUUGCUUCCCAAUGAUGGAUGGCCUGAGAGCGGAGGACCUCCUCCUCCACCACAUCCCGUUCUGGAAUUGGGACUUGAAGAUUACAGCCACAGCCCUGGAGUGGAUUCAGCAGUAUUUUUUCCAGAUCAGCGCCUCAACUUUAGAUCUGUGACACCAGCCAGGCAGCCUGAAUCAAUGAAUCUGAAAGCCUCAAAGAGCAUGGACCUUGUGCCAGAUGAAAGCAAAGUCCAUUCAUUGGCUGGACGCAAAUCGGACUCGCCAAGCAAAGAUUUCGGUCCAACUCUGGGUUUGAAAAAGUCCAGCUCCUUGGAGAGCCUGCAGACUGCAGUUGCCGAGGUCAGGAAGAACGAACUUCCCUUCCACCGGCCCCGGGCGCACGUGGUCCGUGGCCGAGGCUGCAACGAGAGCUUCCGAGCAGCCAUUGACAAAUCUUACGAUGGACCCGAAGAACUAGAAGCUGAUGGUCUGUCUGAUAAGAGCUCUCACUCUGGCCAAGGAGCUCUGAAUUAUGAAUCUGCCCCUCAGGGGAACUCUGAGCUAGAGAAUGCAGAAAAUAAAGCCAGGAAAGUCAAAAAACCGAAAGAAAAGGAGAAGAAGAAGGAAAAGGGCAAAUUCAAAGUCAAGGUGAAAAAGCAGAAAGAGGGAAAUGAAGAUCCAGAAAGGAAAAUAAAGAGGAAGGGAUUUGGUGCCAUGCUGAGAUUUGGAAAGAAGAAAGAUGAUAAGGGUGGAAAGGCUGAGCAGAAAGGUCCUCUGAAGCAUGGUGGCCUGAGAGAAGAGGAGCUGGAAAAAAUGAAAGAAGAACGUGAGAGGAUUGGGGCAAAACAUCAGGAGCUAAGGGAAAAGCAAGCAAGAGGUCUUAUUGAUUAUGCUGCUGGUGCAAUUGGAUCACUGCAUGAUAUGGACGAUGAUGAAAUGGACCCCAACUAUGCCAGAGUAAACCACUUCCGGGAGCCAUGUGCAUCAGCAAAUGUCUAUAGGUCUCCAUCUCCCCCUCGGGCUGGACCACUGGGGUACCCUCGGGAUGGCCGUCCACUGUCUCCAGAGAGAGACCACUUAGAGGGUCUCUAUGCCAAGGUCAACAAGCCAUACCAUCCACCAGUGCCAGUUGACAGUGGCCGUUCCAUGAGUGGAAGCACUGACCGCAUCCAGAAGUUGCGGAAGGAGUAUUAUCAGGCUCGGAGGGAAGCUUUCACUUUAUAUGAGGACAGUGAAGGAAGAGCAAGACCUGACUAUGACCUUCACUGGGUGUCUGGAAAGGGUCCAGAUGGGAAUGCACACAACCUCCGCUUUGAGGGGAUGGAGAGACAGUACGCCUCCUUACCCAGGGGAGGACCAGCGGAUCCUGUAGACUAUCUGACAGCAGCACCUCGAGGGCUCUACAAGGAAAGGGAGCUUCCGUAUUACCCAGGGGCUCAUCCUGUGCAUCCGCCCAAAGGGAGCUACCCCCGACCCCCAGAUCUGAGGAUCACAGAUCUCCGGUAUCCCCAGUACUAUCCGCCCCCACCAGCCCCCCAACACAAAGGACCCUUCCGACAAGAUGUCCCACCUUCCCCUCCUCAGCACCACAGAGUACCAGCCUACCCAGAAAUGGGCAGACCAGUGCCCCGAGGGGGCAGCCCAGAUCAGUACCCCUAUCGAAUGCAGGAUCCCCGGCAGAAGAACCCCAUGACUGCAGCCGUGUAGCUGAAUGCCACCAAGCUCAGCCCAGCCCAGAAAGGAAGACAUCCAACAUCACCUUUGUUCUUCCUACACCUUAAGGCCUUCUUCCUGUUAAGAAUUCUCCAUGGUACAGAUUAGGAUUUUCUCACUGAGGCUGCAACACUUGACUGCUAAUCAGAGAGAAAGAAGGGGACAGGAGUUUGGGGAGGGAAAUCAGAAGGAAGAGGAAGGAUGGGGCCAUACAAAAAAAUACUGCCUGAAAUACUUUUAGAAUUGUUCAGUUCACUGCGAGUGACAAUUGAACAGGCAGAUAACAAUGGAGAUCUACAACAUGGGGCCUCCCUGGAGCACAGACAUGCCCCAUAGCACUGGCAUCACGGAGGGCAGACUCUGCCCGGGAUCAUCAUCCAUUCAGAGACUAAGCUUCAGCCACCUGAUUAGAGUUGUUAAGUCUGUGAAGAGUGGUUGCCAAUAUGGGUGUCCUAAGUGAGUGGUUUUCACAUUGACAAAACAACAGCGGCAAACAGGAUGAGUGAUCUCCUUGAAAUGUUUUAUACCUAGAGGAAGGCUGCAUUUCUUUAUUUGUAGAAUUUCUCAGGUUCUCAGUUCCACUCACUUGGUAUAAGCAUGUCACGUUUCCUUGCUUUUAGUGUAAAAGUAAGGUGUGAAUGCAGUAUUGGUGUCCUGGGAGGAUGUACAAAGCUAAUCAGAGCUUCCAGAAGAAAUAUAUGCCUAGCAUCAAGGCAACCAGGUGAAGAGGCUGACAUUCCUGUGGUCCUCACCUUCCUUCCUCCCACGUCCCAGGCACGACAGCAUGGAGAUAUCUGGUUUCCGAGGCAUCCCCAAAUCUCCUGCCUAUAAUUAUUGUAAGUGGGGCCUCUAUUUUAAGGCUCCCACUUGAGAGUUAAGAUGUACUCGGGAAAAAGAGGGCCCACUGGUUGGUAUGCACAGGAAGCAGUGCUCUGGAGAUGCCAAUUCCAGACCCAGUGCCAAACAGCGCCAUACGCACCCGGCGUCAGGGAGGGGCUGACUGUACUCUUUGGGAAUGAUAACUGGCAGGUGGUAGAUGGUGGUGACUGACUGUGUGUGUGUGUGUGUGUGUGUGUGUGUAUGAAAGUGUGUGAUUACCAGUAUGGAGAAUGGAAAAUAAAAAUGCUUUCUGGAAGGUUUGAUGAGGAAGGGAAUAAAAAGGAAAAAAGCCAGAAAACAGAAGGGAAGGGAGAAGGAGCAUAAAACUAAAUCAUUCUAUAUCUGCUAUAUUAUUUCAUUAACAGAAGUCAGGGCAAGACCAAGGCCAAGGGCUCCAGUUGGGAAAAGAAGGUCUUAUGGCUUCGAGAAGCUGAAAGCCCACCCUCUAAAAUCCAUCGCCAUUUUUUUUAGAGCUUUGCAGCUAUAUUCUACUUAUUUCAACAUAGAACCUCUAAAACCUACAACCUAACCCGAAUGAGAACAUAAGAGAAAACUGAGAAACAGCAAAGCACGGGAGCAGCAACUCGAAUUGUUCAGUGACUCUUGCAGUACUUUAAACCUUUUUACAUUCCUUCUUCAUUCCCUCCCCAAAAAAGUCUUGAGUUCAAUUUAGACAUAUUUUGGCCAAGAUUGGGAUACCUCUGACUGCUAGGAUUUAAUAAAUUAUAGUAUUAUUGAAUAUACAGAGUAUCUAUCCAGCCCAGUUUAGUCUUAUUUUAAUUUAAAAUAGAGUUCUGUUACCAAGAAUGAUGUAACUGCUGGGUUUAGAUUUAACUAGUGUUAUUUACUGAACUUUAAGAGGUAUCAUUUUCUAAACUACAAUUUACUUAUGGCCCUCUUGAAAAUAGACUGUCAAGUUGUUUUUUGCCCUCUAUCAUCUCUCUUAUGCCAGGCACCUUUAGAUUGUUCGCAAUUUGUACAGAGGUUGAGGAUUGGGCCCUGCUCACCUACAGCUGGAGUGCAGGUGAGCUGUAGGGUUUCCCAGCCAACAUGCUGCGAGCUGCCUUCCCCUCAAGCUACAUAAACCUUCAAGAAGACAAUGAUAAGAUGAGGGAAGUCUGAUGUAUUUUGAAGCAUUAAAAAUCAGCUCUUUAGGAUGUUCCAUAAUUGAACCAAAUUUCUGUAGACUACUGGACAUAGCCAAGCCAGAAGCUUCCUUCUGGAUUAAGGCCAAGGUCCCACAAGGGGCAGUGGUAUAAGGUGAGAUGCUCUGUGUGUGUUGGAGGAGUGGCCCUUGUAGGAAGAAUGCCUAUAUUUUCACCACGUUGCCACCUUGUGAGCAUAUCUCCUGCACUCAGGUUCGGGGAAAGCUGCUCCAAGCAUGGUUUUGUGUUGUACACAAAGGUAAUAAAACAGUUGCUAAUCCUGAGGGGCAGCCAAGGAUGUGAAGGUACUAUGAAAACAGAUGAAAAAAAAAGAUUACAGCAGUUUUCUUUCCUUGCUUGAAGUAUAACACACACCCCAUUAGACCCUAUCCAAAAGAAGUGAGCAUUACGCGUGCGACAGUCUUCAUCAAGCCAAGCAACAAUUCAGAACAGCUUGAAUGUAAGCUUUAUAAAUGCCUGUGAACCAGCCCUCCAACUGUCACCACCCAGAGGUUAUGGAACUCUUUCCCAGUAUUCAGGAGAACAGGUUGUUUAGAGCAUUUAGAAGACCAGGCUAUAAUCAACAGGUGCCCAGUAGCAGGAAAUAGUUCCUGGUUCAUUUAUGGCCUUGGAAAAACUCAAUCAGGUGUCUCCUUGUAGCUUGGAAUGCUAAUAGACCCCCAGGAAAAGGUGGCACGGCCAGCUUGGCGAGCUGCAAACCCAUCAACAUACACCCACCAGGCUCCUCGCCUGACCACUAGGUCAUCCAGGCCUUGAAAGGAUGUAUUGGCCUCAAGUAACUAGUUAUUUUAAGGAGCUCUGUUUGUGUCCCUUUUUACAGGAAUAGAGAGAUAAAAGGGAGCAGACGACCAAAAAAUUUUAGAUGCAGGCAAAUUCAGUCCUCUACAAGGGAGCGAAACACGACACCUCACUAACCCAUUGUGUCACUGGUCUGUGGCAGUAUCACUCUUGGUAUAAUAUUGCUUCCCUAUGGUAUCACACCAUGGGAUGAAAGGCAAGCUCAAAGUCAGAGUAUUCUCUUAAAUCAUGAUUGACAACAAAAUUGGGGGAAAAAAUGACAGUGACGCUCCUUCUUCUUAGAUUUUUAGAUCUAUAUGCGUUGACCUCAUAGUACAGCACAGAGCAAAGACCUUAUAAUCAAGAGCAUGGGUAGAGCCACAGACCCACUGUCACCCUGAGGAGGAAACUCUGUUUCCUGAGAAACGAGAUCUGAGACUUCACUGAAGCUUUAUUUUUGCCACCAGUAACAAAAUUAAAACAUGAUUCAUUAUUCCUUCCAAAGAUUUAGGAACUUCUUGAAUGAAAUCUAUCUUCUGAAGGAAAUCCACCUGACAACUUUUGGAGUUGCCAUGCAUAGGGCUGGUGUGCACAGUGAUGAACACUUUAAGGAGUGUUCAUUCCCUAACCUGUAACCACAGCGUUCAUUUUCUUUGGAGGAACAUCUUAGCAUUUCAGAGGGAUAUAGAGAUCUGGAGAGUUUGGUGCAGACAGCAAUAUGUGUCUCUAAAAUUUUCAUUGGCAUUAAACUCUGAAAUCCACAAUGAAUGGCCUUCAAAUUGGUGCUAAAUUGGGUAGACAGCCUACUGCUUUGAGUCCAUGAGCAACAGAAAGUCCAGAUUUAGCGCAAUUAGGCAGGAGGGAGUUGGAGUCAGAAACAGCCCGCGAUAGUAUUUCUCUGCACUCCCGGUUCACGCCGACUUAAGUGGAAAUGAUGCCACAAUGAGACCAGAAAAAGGAGUCUCCAUAAGAUAUCGCUACAAAGUCACCUUUCUGAUAAAAAGGAAAAUGAAAGUUAGAUAUCUAAAAUAAGCCUAGAAUCUCAUAUGCAGCUACAACUUCUAAGGGAAACUCUCCCUCAUGUCCUUAAAUCAUAAUAGAAUCUCACACAGCCUGACUUUUAAAGGUGGGCUUCACUAUAAGCCCAGAGUGGAGAGUGAACUAACCCCCAAGACUGUCUCCUGACUCAACUCUUUCAGACAGUGUUAUGCUCCAUCCAUGCUGACUGCAGUGCUAUUUACUACUGGAACAUAAAAACAAAACCUGCUGUUUAUACAGUCACUUUUUCUAUUGUUUUCCUGUGCUUAUAUGAUACCAAGUCUGUUCAUAAGUUCUGAAGAUAAAUUAUGUGAAAUCAUAUUUUGGCGUAGGGGGUGGAGAAUGAAUUCUUUACAGACUUUUUAGGAU